AUGCGCUCGUUACUUUUUUCUGCCAUUGUGGCAGCUUUGACAGCUGCCACAGCUGCCGUUCCUUUCCCUGGCCCCAUAGCGGCCCCGAAUGCAGAAGCAUUCUCUGAAGCCGAAAGCCCCAAUUUCCUCCGACCGAUCAAAUUGUCGGACCUCGAACCUGAUAACAGCCUUGAAGCGCGUACAUUCACUGACUUCACAUGCUUCAAUCCAUUGCAAACCGCGAACAUGCUCUUCGGCGGCAUUGCCGGCCUCGGAAAGCUGUUCCUCGCAAACAUGACGAUUCACGCACCAGACAACCUUCCCAUUGUCAUGAUGGAAGGAUUUGAAAGUUUGACAUCUUCGGUUGACUGCAAGGGAGACGAUGGAGAAAUGUCGCUUACUUUCAAGUCUAAGGCUGCAUAUGAAUAUGCUCUGAAGUCUUGGGCAUAUAUCAAUGCCAAGGCGGACGCAGAAUUCAUCAUGAUUGCCAACCACGCUAGCUGUGGACUUAAGGGACAGCGCCAGGCUUAUAUCAUUACUGACGUUUCCAACAAUGCUUCAAAAUUCGUUGUCACCUUGACGGCAAAGGCAGUAGCAUGGAAGCAGUUUGCUGGCAACUUUGACGUCGAUUUUGGACACUACAAACUGUCCCUUCAGGCUCUACUCAAGCUUGAAGCAAAGGGUAUCAUUGGAUGGAUUGGCGAAGCCCUUGAGAAAUUCAAAGGCGGAAUCGAGGGGAUCAAGGGCGGACUUGAGGCUAUUGGUGAGGUUAUCGAGGGAGGCGAUGGCGGUAUCUGUUUGCCGGUCAACAUUCCUAUCAACAUCUUCAAGCCAAACACUGAGAUCACUUUAUACAAGAGUCCUGGAUCCCCCUCUGAGGUCGAGGUCGCUUGCAAAAACUGCUAUGUGAAGGGAACUUUCCUCACUACCGGAACCUUAAAGGUUGAAAACCAUAUUACUACUGAAUUGAAACUUGAAAUCGAACCUAAAGAUUUCAGCACCGCUGCCGAAUUCCAACUUGAUUUGGUUAACCUCAAGAAAGAGUUCAAGUACUCCAAGCAGGUCUUCGAAGCUGCUAUCCCCUACACCGGAGUCGAAAUCCCCGGCGUCCUUUUGAUCGGUGCAAAGGUCGGGUUGCUGAUCCACGGUGACAUUAAAUUCACCGGAAGCGCCACUGUUAAUUUCGGCUGCCACGCCAGCCUACCAAACGGCGGAAAACUGACCCUGGUCGUUAUCGGUGGCGGCAAGUGUGGUGUCGAAGGCCUGGAGAAGAUUGAAGCCAAGACAGAUGUCAUUUUCAACAACGGAUACAUUGACCUCGAUACCACCACUGUCCCCGAGCCCAAGAUCACCUAUGGUAUUACAAUUCUCGGUGGCAUUGGUAUUGAAGCUGGCCUCAAAUUUGGUGUCCCAAUUGAUCUCAACGUUACCGCUGGACACAAGGAAGAGGGUUGGUGCCCGGAUAACAAAAUCACCACCGGUGUUACUGUCUCCGCGGGCGCGUCCUUCAACCUGGACUUUGGCGUUUGGGAAAACGGCAAAACCCCCAUCUUCGAGAUCCCACUUUUGAGCCUCCCAAUUCAAUGUCCCAAGUACUGCAAGCCUAUCCCAGAACUUGAGCCAGUGAAGCCAGGCAAACCUGGAACCGAUAAGCCAGAAAUAGAGGUCCCAGGCUCUACACAACCUCCAAAGCCUUGCACUAAUUGCGGUGUUUGCAAACCUAAGAAGAAAUAG